CCGUGCCAGAACCACACCUUCACCCUACCCCACUCUAAUAUAAUCCACGGCCAAUGAAUUCGCCCAGCAGCAGCAGCAACGGCAGCUGCGACCCUGCGGCCGUACCGCACCCUGCCUCGCCUGCACUGCUCUCGCCAUCGAUGCAUGUCGCUGCAUCAUCAUCCUCUCCGCUUGCAUCACCACGCCAGUCGGCUAUCUCGCCCAGACUGAUGCCUACCAAGUCAUGGCCCACCACGGCCCUUGUCUUGGACCAGCAACGCCCACCUCAGCAUCAGCAACAACAACAGCAGCAACAGGAUACAGAAUCUGUUUCUAGCGACGAGUUCAUGCUAUCCUCUGCCUCUUCUACCACCAAGGGUGGCCAGUCCAAGAAGGGCUCCACCGACAUCGCCCAUGCCGCCUCGCGUGCAUUCAAAGGCCUUGCACUUCCUGCAGAGAAUACUCAGUCAAGUCAUCUUGAACAUAAUCAGGAUCAGGGUCUAGAUUCGGAAAGCAGCGAGGAGGAUGGUCGUCUGACAGACACAGAGAACCACCAUCAGUACUCGACGACGGCCCUAGAGUCGCUAAGGGAGAUUGAGGAGCAUGAUAGAGGCGAUCGUCAAGGCCAUGGAAUCGAUACCCGUUACAGAACAAUCACUUUGUCUCCUGAUCAAGACCAGAACAGUGAGGCUGGAGACUGCUCAGAUGUUCAGCCAGAAGCCGCAUUGGAUGCCAAUCAGAUUCAAGACAAACUGAAGGUCCUUCGUCCAAAGCACAGCAAUCUUGGUGGGAGACCGAAAUCCCGACUACAGCGGUCCGUCUCCACAAAGUCGUAUGAUUCGGACGACAUUUCGAACAACUAUGGAGGGUAUCAGAAGCAUUACGGUAGCGAGGACCAUACAGCCAGCUCAUGGACUGCGCACCGUAAACACUUCUUCAUCCUCAGCAGCGCAGGGAAGCCCAUCUACGCCCGAUACGGAGACGAGUCCAGGAUAUCGAGCUACAUGGGAGUCAUUCAGGCGCUGAUCAGUUUUUUCGCGGACAAUGACGAUACGAUCCGGUGCAUCAAUGCGGGUCAGCACAAGUUUGUGUUCUUGCUGAAGACGCCGUUGUAUCUUGUUUGUGUUUCGCGUACUGGAGAAUCGGAGUCUCAGCUUAGGGACCAGCUUGGAUACUUGUAUGCGCAGAUCAUCAGUGUCCUAACCCACUCGCAGAUGACAAAGAUCUUUGAGCAGCGCAACAAUUUUGACCUGAGGGGACUUAUCGGAGGCACAGAGAUUUUCUUGGACAGUCUGGGCAAACUCAUGAACACGUAUCCUGGAUUCAUGCUUGGCGCCAUCCAGUGUCUUACUAUGCCAAGGGAGUUGCGUGACAAGGUUGGCGCGGUUCUCGGCCGAGCAAAGUGCAAGCCAUUAUUAUAUGCGAUUUUGCUAACACCGACACAGCUCAUCACCCUUUUACGGCCGCGGACACAUUCGAUGCAUCCAUCGGACCUCCACUUGAUCUUCAAUCUCCUUUCUGGCUCUACAACCUUCGAGAGCUCCGAGUCCUGGACACCAAUAUGUCUUCCAAAAUUCAACAACAAGAGCUUUCUUCAUGCGUAUAUCUGCUAUAUAGCUAAGAAAGUAUGUAUGCUCCUAAUUUCGCCCGACAAGGACAGCUUUUUCGAGAUGUCGAGCGUGAAGCAAAAGGUUGUCGAGGGUCUCGAAGCCGGAGGCAUGUUAGCAUCUUUGGAAAGCCAUGCAGCAGCGGGUUCUAGAGGCGGUUUUUCUGUUGGCGACACUGGGAUCCCGGGAUUACGCCACUUCCUUUACAAGUCUCGCACAAAUGUACAGUUCACGAUGCCGGAGCUCAUGGAUCCAUACUCGAGCCUCAGUGCUAGAAAGCGCUUGCUGCGGCAGUAUCAGCAUAUGCAUGAGCGGAUGCAUCGGAAAACACGGCCAUUGAAGCUGUUGUUCCAUGUGGGCGAACACGAGACAAUGCUUGGUUGGAUUACAUCGAGUUUUGAGCUGUAUGCAGCAUUUGGACCAUUGGUAUCCAAGAGUGCGGUUGUACUGAUGUCAAAUAAGCUACUCAAAUGGAUCCGCAAGCAAGAAGACAGCCUGUUGAUAUUAAACUCACCCAGCUUUGAAAAGUUUAAAUAAAAAAAAUAGGGAAAGGAAAGCACGAUUGCUAAUAUUUCUUGCAAAGAGGUGUUAAGAUUACUGUUUAAUAUUUUCAUUGAUCGACAUUUUCUGUAUCUAUGGC